GGGGGCCGGGGCCGCUCACCGCCCGCCGCUGUGCCCGCUGCCGCUGUCGCCGCUGUCCCCGGGGCGGGCGCGGGGGGGCCCUGCGUGCCCGGGGGCCGCAUCGCGGCACCGUGACUCAUCCCGCGGCCGUGACGUCACCGCCCGCCACCGCCGCCGUGACGUCACCGCCCGCCCCUCCGACGUCAGCGCUGCUACCGGGGAUGCGCUGCGGCCGCCGGCAUCCCCUGGUCCCCCCCUGUGCCCUCCGGUCCCCCCGUGUGUCCCCGUGUCCCUCUACAUCUCCUAGUUCCCCCGUGUCCCUCAUUUUCCCGUGUACCCCAUGUCCAUCAUAUCCUCUAUGUCCCAUGUGUCCCCCUGUGUCUCCCCUGUCCCCAUGUCCUCUUGUCCUCAUGUUCUGCCUUGUCCUCCCAAUCCCCCCGUGUCCAUCAUAUCCUUUAUGUCCCACUGUGUCCCCCCAUGUCCCCGCAAUCCGCCGUGUCCCCAUGUUCUGCCUUGUCCCCCUAUGUCUCCCCGUGUCCCUGUGUGUCCCCUGUGCUCCCCCCGUGUCCCCCAUGUCCCCGUGUCCUCCUUUAUCUCCCGGUCCCCCCGUGUCCUCUCUGUCCCCGCGACUCCUCCCUCUCAGUAACUCCCGGGGCGCACGCAAAUGAGAUGUAAAUCAGGCGAGGUGAAGGGAGGGGACUGGACUACGUGCAAACCCCACGCGAACGACACGCGAACGAUGCCGGGAGCCAUCCCGAGGGACCGCAGUUGGGGGGGGCACUGUAGUGCGAUGCGAAGGAGAGGACGGAACGCAGACACGCACUCUACAUGCAAAUAUAUGCAAAUGAGAUACUAACGAGCCUCAGUCCCCACCCACGUGACCCGAGCGCCCCACGUCAUUGGGGAGCAGCACGUGACGCGGGCCCUCCGCUCCCGCCGUCGCGCCGCUCUGACGUCACUUCCAGCGCGACGGCGGCGGGUGCCGGUACCGGGAGUCCCGGGGCGGUGUCAUGGCGGACGAUGGCGGCGAGGAGAAGAAGCAGGUGGCCAAGUUCGAGCUGGAGCGGGAGACGGAGCUGCGCUUCGAGGUGGAGGCGGCGCAGACGGUGCAGCUAGAGCUGCUGACCGGCAUGGCCGAGGUGUUCGGCACCGAGCUCACCCGCAACAAGAAGUUCACGUUCGACGCGGGCGCCAAGGUGGCCGUGUUCACGUGGCACGGCUGCACCGUGCAGCUCAGCGGCCGCACCGAGGUGGCCUACGUGUCGCGGGACACGCCGAUGCUGCUGUACCUGAACACGCACACGGCGCUGGAGCAGAUGCGGCGCCAGGCAGAGCGCGACGACGAGCGCGGCCCCCGCGUGAUGGUGGUGGGGCCCACCGACGUGGGCAAGACCACCGUGUGCCGCCUGCUGCUCAACUAUGCCGUGCGGCUGGGCCGGCGGCCCACGUUCGUGGAGCUGGACGUGGGGCAGGGCUCGGUGUCCAUCCCCGGCACCAUGGGCGCACUGUACAUCGAGCGCCCCGCCGACGUCGAGGAGGGCUUCUCCCUGCAGGCCCCCCUCGUCUACCACUUCGGCUCCACCACGCCCGGCACCAACAUCAAGCUCUACAACAAGAUCACGUCCCGCCUGGCCGACGUGUUCAACCAGCGGUGCGAGGUGAACCGGCGUGCCUCCGUCAGCGGCUGCGUCAUCAACACCUGCGGCUGGGUCAAGAGCUCGGGCUACCAGGCCCUGGUGCACGCUGCCUCCGCCUUCGAGGUGGACGUGGUGGUGGUGCUGGACCAGGAGCGCCUCUACAACGAGCUGAAGCGCGACCUGCCGCACUUCGUGCGCACUGUGCUGCUGCCCAAGUCGGGCGGCGUGGUGGAGCGCUCCAAGGACUUCCGCCGGGAGUGCCGGGACGAGCGGAUCCGCGAGUACUUCUAUGGCUUCCGCGGCUGCUUCUACCCGCACGCCUUCGACGUCAAGUUCUCCGACGUCAAGAUCUACAAGGUGGGCGCGCCCACCAUCCCGGACUCGUGCCUGCCGCUGGGCAUGUCGCAGGAGGACAACCAGCUGAAGCUGGUGCCGGUGACGCCGGGGCGGGACAUGGUGCACCACCUGCUGAGCGUCAGCACGGCCGACGGCCCUGACGACAACAUCUCGGAGACCAGCGUGGCUGGCUUCAUCGUGGUCACCGGCGUCGAUCUGGAGCGCCAGGUCUUCACCGUGCUGUCCCCGGCACCGCGGCCCCUGCCCAAGAACUUCCUGCUCAUCAUGGACAUCCGCUUCAUGGACCUCAAGUAGAGGGGGGCAGCCGCGUGUGAGCCCCCCCUCCUCCCGGGCAGUACCCCCCUGAGUCCUCCCGGCUGUGUGGCUGCCCUCCACUUUUAUACUGUUUUGUACGGUUUGAUAUUAAAUCCGGAAGC